AUGGCCGAAAUCAAGGAGCCGUCGCAGCAGAAUGAACAUCCGCUUUUAGACUCACGCCCGCCGGUCACGGACCCCAUCACAUACCUCACCAUCGUCGAAUACAACCUUUCCGAAGAAACCCUACCUAUUCUGCACAAGGUUCUCCAAGAUACUGAACUGAACCAAACGAUUGGCUGGGAUUUGAUUCAUCUGCUACUUCCGCUUUUACCCGCAUCCGAAGAGUGUUUGCAGGACAUUGCGACCAAGGGCAACCCCAGAGAAUGCGUGCUCAAAGUCACCGAAGCGUUGCGCUUACUUGAGUUCGAAGGACGGCAGGAUGAGACGGACGAGGAAGAUGGGGAUGCUGGACCGGGCAACCGCAAAUCAACCAUGGCAGAAGUCGGGAUGGGUGAAUCUAGCUCAAGUCCCGCGUUUCAGAAGACUGAAGUGCCUCCGCUACCUGUUCUAAAAUUCGAAGUACUAUUGGACAUACUUGCUACACUGCAUCGCCGGGUCAAGACAAAGUAUCCCAGUCGAUUUCUCUCUACUAGCUUACAAGCGGUACUUGUUGCAUACAAUAGAGCCAAUACUCAUGUCGAAGAGCUCACCUUGUCGGCCAUCAAAUUUGUCAAGACGCUUUCUGGCACUAAGAGGCCACAUUUACCGUCAAGAAGGAGCAGUGGCAACCUGCUGCGCACCAACACAAACCAGUCUGAGCAAGAUCCGGAAGCGCAGAGCGAAGCUCCAAGCACUGAUGAGACAGAGCUGGUCAAUCGUCUGCUUCAAUCUUUCCUCACACACAUUCUAGAGGACUAUGUCCUGUCUCUGAACUCAGAUGAUGAUGUACCUGGGCUUUCGUGGGCGAGCCGGUUGAUGGAGAAGUAUGAGCCACAUCGCAUACCGAAGAAGCCCAACUACGAAACAUAUGCGGAUCGUUUUGCAAAAGAUGAGGACUUGAUGUCAAGAAGUGCGAUUUUGGGGCAGGUGGUCGCUUUGACACGAGAUCUGGGUUUGGACUACCAAGAGGUGCUACAAACGGUGCUUGAUCCUGAAAUCGAGAAGCGCGGUGUUCCCGGGACCGAAGACGAACCUCCUGCCUCUGCAAAAGAUAUUCCGCUGUCAAGAGCCGGCUCUUUGCUGCUACUUGCGGCGAAGAUUGUGAAACAAGAUCUUUAUGCCUCUGCUAACGCAGACUAUUCGACAGCCAUCUCCAUCUUUCCUGAGCAUGCGACCAUACUUGCUAAUUUUGUUGGCACACUGGGACCUCAGACGGUUGGCCUAGAGCCUGAGGCAUUGCUCGACACCAUUCUCGCACUUGGCCUCAUUGCACUCGAGAAGAACAACGUUGGCGAGCCCAAGGACGAUGAGAGCUUUGCGCAAUACUUGCAGACCAUCUCCCUCAUCUCAUCGAAUACACCAUCGCCCAGUCUCCGUGGCCACGCACACUAUCUCACCACCACAGUCUUGCGCUCACACCCCCACGACCUCGUCCGCCUGACUUUCAUUCGCGACACACUAGAGCACUGUCCUUACGAGAACCUCAAAGCAAGCGCAGUUUCUUGGCUCAAAGGCGAGACUCUCGAAGCCAACGCUCCACAUGCUCCCAACGAAGCAGACGGCACGACGAACAUCUUUGCCACCCCUGUCGCCAUAUCAACAGUCGCACCGUACCUCUGGCCAGAUCUGACAAAGCAAUACUCCUUUACCGAUAUCAGUCUGGAAGACUCGUGGAUGCAGUUCCGCCAAGAACUCGGCUUCUAUGUUGCAGCUCUCAACUUUUACUACUUGCUGCUACAGGCGGAGCACUUGCGUGAAACACUGCGGAUCAAGGAGUUGGCGCAACAGCAUAUUCAAGAGCACUACAUGGAUGUGUUGAAGGCAGCGGCCGUGAGGUUCCAGCAGGAGUUGGAGAAGGGAGGUGGUGCGUUGGCGGAAGAAGGUGAGGGCUUGGACCAGGCAAAGGCGGACGUGGGGUUGUUGCAGAAGGUGGUUGAGUGGGUUGAGACGGAGUUGAAAAAGACGUGA